UUAUUUUUGCCAUUGCUUAUCGCUUCACGCGCUUUGACCAACAGUGUGGAGUCCACAAAAAUGCGGCUACCAGGUACCCAACAGGCAUUACUAUGUUUCUCUAGGGCAAACUACGUCUUAACUAUUUGUUCGUCUCCUCUCCCACCCAUACAAGAUUCCCCUUCCUCUCUCUCUCUUACACUCGAUCCCUCUCUCUUAAAAAAUGGCUUCUCUCUCAUUCACCUCCGCUACUCUUCCAUUAUUCGCCCUCCUCUCCGUCACUCACGCCGUUACGUGCUGCCAGAAAGACAAAACUGUCCUACUCGAGUUCAAGAAAUCCCUAAACAACCCCUACGCCCUCGCCUCGUGGGGUUCAAACACGGACUGUUGUGGCUGGUAUUGUAUCACAUGCGACACCGAGUCGGGCCGUGUCUCCAAACUCGAUAUCACCUCCACAACUGUGACCGGAGAAAUCCCCGAUUCCAUCCGAGAACUCACCGCUUUAACUUCGCUCACCCUGAGAAAACUCGACCUGUACGGCGAAAUUUCGCCCAAAAUUCGUCUCCUCAGAAACCUGACCUAUUUCCGCCUUGACUGGAACAGGUUUUCAGGCCAAAUACCCCCAUGGCUAAGCGAGCUGAACCGCUUGGCAUUUCUCGAUCUCUCUUUCAACCGAUUUUCCGGCGAGAUUCCGUCUACUUUCGGUCAGUUCCGCGGCAAGGCCCCUACCCUCGAUCUCUCACAUAACGGGCUUUAAGGUUCGGUGCCGCAAUCUCUGGGUUCGAUGAAUUUCAGCAGGAUCGAUAUUUCAAGAAAUUUAUUGGAGGCCAAUGUUUCUCAGCUUUUCGGGGUGACGAAAACCACGUAUUGGAUCGAUAUUUCGCGAAAUAAGUUUGUUUUCGAUUUCGGAAAAAUGGUGUCAUGAUGGCAGUUAACGACCAUCUCGACUUUUUAGGUGUCGUGAUGCCUCAAAUCAUUAAACUGCCCCAGGCCAUUUCAGUACUGAGUCUACCGUGAUGUUUUCGUGGUCCUAAUACUACC